AUGGACACGUUCGACCUCUCCAAAACAUUCUCCGCGCACGUCGCCGACCGCGCAUACCCAAAGACACUAUGCCCGUCUGAAAUAGCCCGCUCGCUCUCUGCCACAGAGCUCGAGAUGCUCGAAGUCUCCAGCUGGCGCGACCUAAUGCCCCGACUCCGCGAAAUGGCAUUCGAAGCACGCGAUCGAGGGGAUAUCGAGAUCCUCCAAAGGGGCGAAAUCAUCCCUCGCGAUCGCGGACUCGACGAUGUCAGAGGUCCAAUUAGGAUUAGGAAAGCAACCUGAGAAACCUGCAGCUGCUGAAAGUUCAGGUUCUGCAUAUUAUUACUUGUGAGAGUACUCCGUACUCCGCUCACUUUGCACUAUGCGAAUCAUGUACAUGCAAAUGCGCUGUUCUGUGCGUAUAUAUCUAUGUGCGAGCGCAAUAUUAUCACGAUCGUUGGCUAGCCACGGAAGCCACGAAAGCCACCAUAGCCCACCCACCGGACUCCUGGAAAUGCGUGUG